GCAGGAAGGGGGCGGUGCGGCGGGGCGGCGGUUCCGGGCACGUCGGCGGGCGCCGCUCGUUCCUCGCGCUGGGACCCCUCCGCCGCCGCCGCCGCCCCCAUGGCCGCUCCGCAGGACCCGCUGCCCCCAGAUCAUGCAGCAAAAGAGCCGGUGGAGGAUACAGAUCCAAGCACUCUUUCCUUAACAAUGACUGAAAAAUAUCCUGUCCAAGACACAGGAGUACCUAAAGUCUUUGUUUUAGAUGAGGAAUACCUAACAGAUCAAGUUACAUUGGAAAUUGCAUCUGUGAACAUCAAGACCCUUACGUCAGAUUCUGGCCUAAUUCAACAGCCAGAAGACAAAGACACACAAAACCAUAAUGACAAAUCGCUUUCAGAUCUCAAGAAAACCUGCAAGGAAAAUGGCACCUGCUCCUUGUGCUUAUUCCGUGCACCGACCAUCAGUGACAUGCUCAAUGAUGAGGACUUGUUGUACACAGUGAGGCUAAAGCUGGAUCCCUGCCACCCAACAGUGAAAAACUGGAGAAAUUUAGCAAGCAAGUGGGGGAUGACGUAUGAUGAAUUGUGUUUCCUUGAACAGAAGCCCCAAAGUCCCACCUUGGAGUUCUUGCUACGGAAUAGUGACAGGACUGUGGAGCAGCUGAUUGAUCUCUGUAAAUUUUAUAAGAGAAUUGAUGUUGUGAAAGUGCUGCUGAAAUGGGUGGAGGAGGAAUGGCCCAAGAGAGGGAACAGAACUUACCAGAAUGACUUCUAGGUCAAAGAAAGUUGUUAGUUCAUACACGUUAAAUGCUGGGACUAGCUGCCACUAGUACAUGGGAAGUUUCCCUUGCAAGAGGGAGAGAGCCUGUACUGAUGGUUUGUAUACUGUGUAAGCUUUAUGUACUGUAUACACAUAUGUAUGUUCUGUGCCCUCAGGGUUGCAAAGGUAACCUUCCAAAAAUGGAUGGAGUAAUGCAGGUUGUGUUCUAGAGUCUACAAAUGCCUUCAGUUUCUUUGCUGCUGUUUGUAGCCUUCCUAAGCAGAAGAGAAAUGAAAAAGCCAGACCACUGGUUUUACUGCAGCAGUUGUGAACCAUGUCAGUUGUGUGCUGUUGCUAUUGGGAAAGCCACAAUUAGAAGGCAAGUCUCUUGGCCUUUCUGGCAGCCCUUCCACAAUUUUAUAUGUUCUACCUUGUAGAAGAUGAGAGGUUGUUUUUUUUCUUUCUUUUUUUUUUUUUUUAUUUUUUUAAGCUUUAUGACACUGUUUUUGGCACAGAAACACCUCAGUGUUCCAAGCAGCAGUUUGGACUUGCAUGUUACAACUAAUUCAAUGUUUCAACAUCACAUUCAGGCAAUUUAAGCUUUAAAUCUCUUUUAUGAGCAAGAAUAGAUGUUAAACAAAAGAAUUACUUGGAUAAUUCUACGUCAUAGGGCAUAUAUUUGCUAUAGAAGAAAUCAUGCAAUUCAGAGAGACUUUCCAGCCCAUAACCACUAGGGACCAAAAAAACCAAUUCAAAUGCUUUAUACUUAAAAUUACUUUCCAAAGUUUUGAAGACAAUAUACACUCUGAGUGCACUUAUCUGUUUAUCUCAAAUGCCUCUCGCUUCGCAGUGUGAGGUGACGGCUAAUGCCUCACCCACAGUAUAUUAGUAGUAUUGAGUAUAACUUCCCUUUUCACAGGCUGUGGUUUUCUUUACAGUUCUGUGUGUUGACCUACUUUCUGUCUCACACCAAAGUAGUUGCACACUUCUGUGAAACUAGCAAAAGUUUAUGUAUUGAUUAAAGCCACUCCAAUGGGAAAUUAACAGGUGAAUUCAUCUACAGUCCAGGUGGAUGGUUAUUAAAGCACUUACAGUGGUUUAGACUGAUAUUUCUCAAAGAAUUUUGAUACUCUGAAUUACACUGUUUACAUUUUAAAUACUCUAGAAAUUGGUCUUUUUCCUACCAUUCUUCUCUGUUCUAAUAUUUUUAAAAAACUUCUGAAAAAUCAGUUAUACAAUAUGACCUAUAAAGUACUUACAGCUAUAAUGCCACACACAAAAAUGUUGUGACUUAAAAAUACUUCUAGUUGUUACCCUUACUAAAAGUAUCUCAGACAAUACUAGUAUGUACAUAGGUGUAUAUACCAAAGCACUGGUGAACAGUACGUCAAGAUGUGGGGCAAAACUAGAAUGGGGUACAGGUUGAUGCACUGUUUACUUUUCUCAAGUAGAAAUGACUAAGAAUUAGUGGCAAAGCUGAGGGAAGUCUAAUGCUGUAUGCUGAGUUUCUUCCUGUAAGAGAAUGAAAAGGGACCUCAAGUAAUACUAUGCUAUAGAUACCGAGCAAUAUGGUUACAGAGAAGCUAGAAGUAAGGACUAACAUUUUCAAUGUCAGGCACUAGUUCUGGGGUGGUAUAAAUUAGCUUUAGUUUAGUGACUUCAGAAAGCUGAAGAUCUAGUUUCAAGGUGAAAAGACUGACCUAAAUUGAGGUUUGAAUUUUUUAUUGUUUUUAGAUCUUGUGGAAGACUGGAAUUUUUAAUAACUUUUUUUUUUAACCAUUCCUCAAACAAGCUGCUACUCUUUAGAACAGUAAGUUUUCUAGCCAUAUUUUAAAGAGGAAAUUGUACUGCUGUAUCUUGUUGGGGCUGCAGUUCAAAUGUUUUGUGUUCCUCUUCUAGGAACAGGGGUUUCCCGAUAGAUGUCUGUCAAAUCUAACUUUUGCAAAUACUCUUCUGUCUUUAGUUAGGAGCUCUAGAAUCAGCUUUGAGGACUACUGCUGUGGCUGGGCUGCCUGCUAUUCUCAAUUUCUACAGAGGCAUCCACUGUGUAUGUGCAAAUAGCUCAUAAUGCAGCUUGUCCAACAUAAUCCCCAUACCUUGGGCCUACUAUAUGCACAAUUUAGGAUUAUGUGUCUGUGUGUUAAAUUGUUAUGAGUGAUGAGUGCUGGCAUGUGUGCCAACAGCUUUUCUCUCCUAUAAUAUACCACAGGUAUAUGUGUGUGGUGGUAGAGUAUGCUCUGCUUUGGUAGAUCCAGUCCAGCAAGGAGCUGGAGCCCUCACCUAAGACUGACAAUGGGAACAUGAAAUGAUGCAGCAGCAUUUCUGAAUCAAGAUGCUCAACUGAAAUCUACCCCUUUUCCUGUUUUCUGGCUAAAACAUGUAAAAUUUUGAAGAAAUACUGUUGUCUUGUGGAAAUGAGUUCUGAUCCCUUGAAGCUCUUGAAAAGUCAAUGUCAGCUGCAAGGAUUCAUGUCUGAUGGAAACAAAGCUGCUUCUGAGAGUUCA